AUGGAUUCCCGCGCCGAUCUGGAAUCGCAAAACCCUUUCCCGCAACUACAUUCCCCUCACGACUCCGACACAGAUGAAGAGCCCAAACCAACACCACUAUCCUCGCCAGGCUAUGCCCUUCCAUUUUGGCGAAAAUGCCUCAUCUUGUUCGUCGUCAGCUGGAUGACUCUGUCCGUGACAUUCUCCAGUACAUCAUUACUGCCCGCGACACCGGAAAUCGCCGCGGAAUUCGCGACUUCCACGGAAAUCCUUAAUGUUGUCAAUGCGGGUGUGCUCAUUGCUAUGGGGCUUUCGUCCUUUAUUUGGGGUCCCAUGGCGAACAUUGUCGGACGUCGGAUGGCCUAUAAUAUGGCUAUUGUCGUUCUAUGUGGUUGUUCGGUUGGUAUGGCGGCUGCGAUUAACUUGCACAUGUUUAUUGCUAUGCGUUUGCUCAGUGGUUUCACUGGAACUUUUUUCAUGGUUGCUGGGCAAACUAUUAUUGCCGAUAUCUUCGAGCCGCACCUGACUUGCGGCCUCCUCGCUACCUUUCAAUACGCCAUCUUGACAUCUGCACGUUCAAUUUUCAACCCCCGCUUCAAUCUAACCACACCACUAGUCAGCGGUCUGUUCUAUCUCUCUCCUGGAAUCGGCUUCUUGAUCGGAAGUGUUGUGGGCGGCAAGCUAUCCGACCGAGCAGUGAAGAAAUGGAUCGUCAACCGGAAUGGCGUCCGCCUUCCUCAGGAUCGACUGAACAGCGGUCUGGCCACUCUCUUCCUCGUGCUCCCUGCGUCGACCUUGAUCUACGCAUGGACCCUGCAGGAGGAAGUAGAGGUCAUGCCCCAGAUGCGGUCAGAGGUAAUCAGUGGCAAAUAUCUCGUGCAAUACCUCUUCGGCGCAGCUGCCACGGCUUCCGUCGAGCCUUUGAUCAAUUCCAUUGGUGUGGGGUGGACAUUUUCAAUCUGUGAGUCUGACUAUCAGCCAAAAAGACCACGAUCAAGUCUAAUGCGCAUUGUAGGUGUUGCUUUUGCUGUCAUCGGCGGAGUCCUUGUCUGGAUUAUCACCAAAUGGGGAAUCAAUAUGCAGCGAUGGGUUGAAAAGAAGCUUGGAGAGGAGGCGAAGCCGACGUAA